GUCUGUAUCAUCUGUUAACAGUCUCGUCAUUUUCGUCUUCCAUGCAGAGCAUCAUGGUCCAUUCCCAUCUCAAAAUCUCAGAUAGAUCUUCAUACAGUUUGUUCACCAACCCAAACCCAGGACCGCAUUUCCUCUCAUUUUUCCCAUUGUGGAAACAACCCUGUAGUUUCAUUCUGGUUGACGAAAAGAAAAAAAAAUCCAUGAUUGAGACUAGUACUUGUUCAUAAAAGAAAAAAUAGCGUUUUCUCGAGUAGACCUUCCGAACGUUGUACAGUCGAUUCAUAUUUUCUUUUGUUCGUGUUUCUUGUUUGAGGUUGUUGUAGUUGUUGUUUCUAUAGUACUAUCAUCACCAACAAGGCAGCAUGGCAACGCCGACAAACGCAAGCUCCACGGGAGUAGGCGUCCAGAGGGGAAGGCGCGCGUUGAGUACGCCACCUACUGGCGAGCUCCUACCACCCAUCAACUCUUAUGGCGUGUUCUUGCAAUACAGGAGUUUUCGGAUUCAUGAUUUUCAAUCCUUCAUGUUCUUUAUGAUGCUCUUUAUGCGAAAGUUCCCAUUGUAACCUCUUCAAGUAAAUAGACAUGGAUGCACAUAGUUAUCGAUUAAUCUGCAUAAAAUUUCCUCUUCCACAUCCACCUCGUCUGCGUUCUUUCGCUAACAAACAUCGCCAGGGAAGACGCCAAAGGGCGAUGGUGCGGAGUCUUUCCGAAAAAUUCAGCGCGCUCUCAAUAAACACCGGUCACUGGAGAUAGAAACAAUGAAGCAUUUGAAACGAACAAAAAGAUGUACUGUUACUCCUUUAUUUCACUUGUCGUGAAUCACCUCUUUAUUUCACCUGUUUAUUUGAAAGGGAAUGUAUCUUUAUCUUCAAGCUUUGAUCACAAGCUUAUGUUGAUGAAUUUAUCAUACUAGCAGUACUACUACUAGCACUAGUAGGGGACAUGAAAAACUUGUACUAGCACUAGUAGGGGACAUGAAAAACUUGUACUAGCUGCACUAGUAGGGGACGACAUGAAAAUCGAAAAUUGAAGGACCUUUACUCCAAAAACUUGUGAAGCCUCUCUCAUCUUACCAUCAAAAUCUACUCAGGCGAAGACGAGACAGCACAGAACCGAGAAGAGAAAUUGGUGGAGAAAUACAACCUGCCAAAAAUCGAGGCAGAAGCUCGAGUCGACAGCAACCGUAAACCCAAGAAAAUGAAGGCAGCUCCAGGACUCAAGCCAGGAGACUUAGAGCAGGAAUUGGUACUAGAUUUACGUUUACCGGGUACUAGAUUUACCUUUACGUUUAGUUACAGCUGUUUCUGAAACAACAUCAACAUUGAUAUCUGCCAGGCCUGCUAUGUCCAGGUCUGCCAACAUGUUCAGGUCCUUCACCAUGUUGAACUUCUUUCCUUGACCUUGUGACACUGUUAGUUAUACGAAGAUUUUCACCACUCCCACGCUCAGCGACAUCCUCACUUCUUCCAGGUACGACGUGUAAUCAAUAGUGACCAUGAUUGGGUCUACAAUUGUUUACAAAAAGCCGGACGCGAACUCCUCUUCUCUGAGUGGGGUGGUGGCAUCGCGAAGACGAGUAUCUUGUAUGCAGCGCAGAAACCAGGUAGUACGUCUUUGCAGAACAGGUCGUGUUUAGUAGUAGUAGAAGAUGUUCUUGGUUGUAGGUGAACAACAGAGAAUAAUUUUCUUUUUCCAUCCCUCCUCUUUCCAUCCCUCGGGAUCCUAUCAGGAUCUGUUUUGUCUUUCCGAAGAUAGAGAAUGACCUUCUAAGACAGCACAAUGAUGAUGAAUUUUUGCUCUAACUUGCAGCUUCUAGUAGGACCGACGCCUACAAAAAACUCCUCCCCUGUUCUCCUACUUGUUUUCGAAUGGAUGUGAUCCUUUCCAUCUCCAUGAAUCCACUGCCUCAGAUAUCGACAUGUGCAAACUCCUCCUCCGCUAUGGCGGAAAAGAACUGCUCGCAAUCAAAGACAUCAAAAAUCGAGAUGUCAGCUACUAUGCCGCGAAGCAUGGGUUCGAUAUUGGUUCGCUCAAGGGCAUGGGACAGGGCUUAGUCGACUGUUGGAACUACAAGGUUUUGAUGCGUAACCGUCGCUCUGGUGGCACUGACAUUAAGGCUCAGGAGCUUUCAAUGGUCACCAUUGAGAUUGGGGUCACUGAGAUCCCUCUUGAGGAAAGACGGGGGAAAAAUGAAGGAAAAGCAAAGGGAGAGGCGGCAUGGGGCCCAUUUCUUUCAGAGUCAGUGACCAUUGAGUGCUGAGCUUUAAUGACAGCACUACCACGUCAACCUUCUUAGACGGCGGAUCUAGUAUCAUGUCCUCAACGACGUCCAUGACGACGUCCAUGAUGUCCACAUCCGUUACGGGAGGUGGAGGACGAGGAGGACUAGGCCAUCACAGUCCUAGUAAACAUUCGAAUCUUCUUGUGGCUUCUAGUCCUGCUGCACCUCCAGGAGGUAGUAGUACUAGUCCUCUAGGUAAAAGUGUCAAUAACAACAACAGCAAUUUUUAUGCUGGCGCUUCUAGUACUAGUACAACAAGAAUAAAUGGGGCAAACGAAGAGCCAACAGUUGUUGUACCAGCGUCUUCAGCAGAGCAAAUGGAUCCACAGCGCUUCUACAACACCGCCAGUGGAGCUAUAGCGCAACCUUUUGGUACUUUUUCACCCGGUAAAAACAACAAAAAGACUAGUGCAAGUAAUGCUGGAUCUUCAUCUUCUAGGGUUCCUAGUGACCAUGAAGGAGGGAACGAACCAGUAGCUCAACAGAUCAUGGAAAUGAAGAUGCGAGAUGGCGGUAGUGCUAGUGGGGAUUCUACGUCAGCUGCGGGAACACAGGACGUGGAAACUAGUUCAUGCACUAGUACGUUUGACGACGGUGGAGCGAAUUCAGAUAUUGGGGGCGGUUACAUGACACCCGUGCAACAGCAGGUAGUUCAUGUUGAGAUUUUUGAGAUAAAAAUUCGCUGACAAAUAAAACUGAUAGAUAUAACUGUCGUUGAUCAAAAGUCAGUGCUGAUCUCUUCACCAGAUUGUUUUUACAUUACUUCUAUGCAGAUCUUCGUUCUUCCACUUCUUCAUUGCGAAUUUCAUCACCUCACCAAAUCAGCAUCCUCGCGGUUUACUACCUAGUCCCAUGGCUGCGACUACGCGAAGCAAUUUCGUAGCUCAAGAAACGCCUUCUCCUUCCAAGAUGCACACUACAGCUCGGACCCCAGGCUCAUCUUCACCUGGGAAACAGUCUGCUAAAAUGAAGUGGGCUGCUCGUGGCAUCGCGGCUGCAGCGAAGCUUGCUGGUACCCCAUCCAUGGAUUCUACUAUAGAAGAAAUGAACGACUUUGACGAGCCUAACACCAUGCUCUUGGAGCAGUACGGCAGACGCAAGAAACCAAGACGAAGCAACCCGAACUACGAUCACAGCGUUAGUGGAUGUACAGCACUUUUAAGUGGAUGUACAGCACUUUUAACUCAACAAAAAAAGUACUUAGCCACGUUCUAGUACUUCUCAACAUUCCUCAACAAUUCCUCAACAUCCUUCAUUCUACUAGGACUUCUACAUCAUGAUGAUCACCUGUGUAUUUUCUCAAUUAUCACCAACAAUCACCCACACCAUUCCCACCAUGUUAUCACCAACAAUCACCCAUCAUGAUCAUGUUAUCUUCACCCACAAUCACCCACACCACUCCCACCAGUUAUCAAGCUGCCGCCGGUCUCGCCGGCCAAGACGACGUCACGACCUAGCAAGCGGAAGUAAGGCUACCAUUUCCAAGAAAAAAUGCCGAGGUCUUUUUAAAUGGAUCAGCAUGAACAAUGAGAAUAGGAAUACUUACGUGGAACUACAACAUGCACAAGCACAACGAAUCAAUAUCUUAACAUUUGAAAACUAAAACAGCUACUGUGUAUAUUUUUCCUUUUGGGCUUGACAUAAUCAAUCUUACUAAACAACUGUACACAACACAACUUUCUUGGGUUAUUAACUUAUCAUGUUCUUCAUCUUCGGGAUAUGUACUAGCUAUGAAAAAGAUCGACAAAAACACUGUAUACUAUCGUUUGGAAGUUGCAUGGCGGAAACACAACAAUUGUAUAGAAUUUUAUUGGAUUGAUCCUGGGAAUUGAGAAAAAAGAUGAAACCUUCAAUAACCUAAACGUAGAUCUAGAUAAAGUAGACGAUGAUAUACAAAAAGAAUGAAGAUAUAUGACAAAAUGAACAACGCAAACAUCAAGGAGAAUUAGAAUCGAGGUAAAACUAGAUCUAGAACUUCUUCUAGUCGAAAUGAAAGAAAAUACAAAUCUGACAAAUAACACAUGUGGGAUCUAAUAUUUUUAUACACAGCAUAUCCAUAUGUAUAAUAUGAGGCGCACAUGCAACUACUAGUACCAUGGAAGAACAAUGGUACGAAGAGGGUAUAUUAUCGCAUGACGAAACAGUCGUGAAGGAUGAAAAUCUGAUGUUGAGGUGGUUAUCAACGAAUUCAAGACUCGACGUGACACAGAGUCCUCUGAAUCAAAAUGUCUGGUUUCGCUUGUGAUGUGUUUUUGCCAG